AUGAAGCGAUUUGAAUUUUCGGACAAGGAAAGGUCGGGAAUAGAAAUUUCCUCAUCGGAUAUAGAACUAGGAGUUCCAGAAUGUUGGCUGAGCCUACUGGGGAAGAUUGUGGGGGAGAAAAAGGCUAGUAUUGGGGGUUUACGCAACACAAUGGGGUUGGUAUGGAGAACAGCGAAACCAUUCUCAAUUAGGGCUCUAGAACCAAAUCUGUUCCAGUUCUUAUUUCAAUCCGAGGAAGACAAGGCAAAGGUUUUGAAGGGGAAGGCUUGGACUUUUGACGGCCAAUAUCUACUGUUGAAAGAAUGGAAGAAAGAUGAUACCCAAUUCCAUGAGAGAGACAUGAAAGUUGAACUUCGGGUCCAAAUCCACAACCUGCCAUUGCAUUGGCUCUCCGCGGAGACGGGUAUUAAAGUAGGCAAGCUAUUCUCAAACAUUCUCGAUGUCAUCCCUCCGGGCCCUGGUGUAAGCAACAACAAGAUUGUUAAAAUUCUGGUAGAAGAAAACAUCUCAAAACCUAUACCUCGAGGCACUAUGAUCAAGCUGGGGCAAGAGGAACAUUGGAUUGAUCUGAGGUAUGAAAACUUGCUCCAUUUCUGUUUUUACUGUGGCAGAAUUGGUCACAGUGAUAGAGUAUGUGAUACCAUGAAAUCAGAUAUACAGAGAAAUGUGUUUAAAAAUGGUCAAUACGGUGAUUGGCUCCGAGCUCCAGGGGGGGGGUUUGGGAUCUACAGGGAGACUAGGUCUCCAAGUUCUCAGGGAGUUCAAUCCAAUUCUGAGUCACCUCAAGCUACAAUCAGAGGUGGGGGAGAGCCUAGCUUAGGUAAAGCAUCAAACUUGGGAACUGAGAGUGUGGGAGAGGGGCUAGUGGAAGUUGUUGUAGAGUCUAUAAUUCCUCCUAAACCUAUACAGAAAGAAGUGUGUGGGUCAGGGGUAGUAAGUGAGAGAGUGGAAACCCAGCCUUUAAGCCUUGAGACUAACCCUGUGAUGCCUAUGGACCUUGAUUCUUCUAAGGGGGAUAAACUAGAUAUUAAUAAUCUCAUUGAUGUUAUUGUGCAAUCUGAACAACAUGAUAACAUAGGAGUUAAGACCCCUAAGUCUUUUGUUAGGGUGACUAGGAGUAAAAAAUCAAGGGCUAAGGUCAAAAGUGUAGAAGGGGUUAAAUCUGAUAAUGUGUCUGGCAUAUUCACAGUGAAGAGUGCUUAUAAGGCCAUUCGGAAGCAGAAGAUGGUGGUCAAAGGCUCUGAAGAGAAUAGCAAAGGCCAGUCACUACAAGAGGCAGUGUGGAAGGUUACAUGGAGACUACCUAUCAGCCAAAGAGCAAAGCAAGUAUGGAAACUUGCAGGGCUUUUCUGGGAGAAACUGCAAUAUGAGCCAGCUGAUUUCAGGGUCUGGUGGGAUGAGGGGGAAAAUGCUGACAGGACAGUAGGAGGACCAAAAGUGUUGUGCAUGGAGGGGGCUGAUUCUAGGAAUGCCUCAACGUAUUCAGUGGAAUUGGAACUCCUUCAGCUCAGGGAUUGGCUGUUGAAGUGUGAAGGCAGAGAGAGACAGAAGGUGCAUAUCCAGGUGAAUAAUAAACAGUUGAGAAGAUGGCUCAAGGGCAGGGUGAUCUUUGAUGCCUCUAUUUCAGCGCUGCUAGAAGACAUUUUCCAACUGUUGUCUGAUUUUAGUGAAUCUGUGUUUGUGGAUGAUCUGUAG